AUGCGCAUUCCGACACCUUUCCCUGCCUUGCCUUGCCUAGGUGCCGACAAGGUGUACUCCGACUUCUGCUAUCGCCUCGACUUGAGGCACUACCAUCUUCGUUUUCGAAGUGACUACGAACACAGUGUGAUCUUCGACGAGGCCUCGGCUUCCUCGAUCAGGGGCAACUGGUUCCACGAACAAGAGGCAGAAACCAAGGACGGGCCAUGCAAGCUCUGCGAGACGCUGCCGCCAACAUUUCUUGCGCACACCGAAGCACUUCGGGCCAUCUCCUUCCACCCGGCACUGGACGGAGAGUGGGCGCUGUUGGACUUUGCGAUGCGGGCAACGCGCACACCCCUGGUCGAGAUGGGCAUACUCAUACCUCCGCAGAUAGACGAUGGAUUCGUUCUCGUCGGGUGGUUACUCCUGGGUCUAGCUGUGGAAGCAGCAGCAGCGGCACUUGCCGAGGUUCGGCGAGGAGUCUGCGGCCUUGGGUCCGGUGGCCGCCGCCUCGAAGAAGAGCCGGAGGACUUCACUGGUCCGGAAGGCGUAACCCGCCAUUUCGGCUGCAGCCUGGCUGUGACAAACUGUCCGGUGCCAGACUGGGCAGGGGACUCAGAGCAGGUUGAAAGUCGAUCGGAUGAACUGCUUCUGGUUGCUUUGGGUUUGGAGAUGAUGGGCAUUCUCAUUCUGCGUCUACCGCGGGUGGGCGGUUCCACCUUGCUGCAAGGCCUGCAAGGAGUGGGUCCCCAGGUUCAGGGGUCCCAGGAGACCAUGCGACACCUCCUGUUCUACAUUGACGGGGUGUUCAAGGAGCUUGGCAUCCGCUAUAUCGUUACUGAUGGAGUUCUACUUGGCUCGUACAAGUUCCGCGGCAUGCUCGACUGGGACGCCGAUGUGGAGGUGGUGCAGCACCGGGUGCGGCAGGAUGGGCACUUCCUGCGGAAGCAUGCCAAUGAGGCGAACUAUCUCCUCAUCGAGCUCAACUUGCGUGAGGAGUUCUGGGAUCCAGAUCGCAUCUGGCAGGUGCCGGUGGAAGGCAUACAACACUACAAUGAAAACGCUGCCUCUGUGGCAGGCCGGCUGUUCCCGGCCAUGGAGGACUCACACCUGUACGGCAUGUCGUUCUUCCGGCAUCGCCUGCGUCAUGUCCCGGAGUGGGAGGAGGUGGAGGUUGAAGUGGGCCUGAGGCCCUUACGGUGCUCACAGCUGCAAUCGGUGAUGUGGCAUUGGGUCGCCCUGAGGCCGUACCACUACAACUGCGUGGACGAAACGCAGGUCUUCAGCGGCAAAGACUGCCGCCGCAUCAACGCGCAGUCGUGCGGGUCGCGGAGAAAUGCUGUGCUCCGAGCGAUACGCGGCAUUCUGCCGCUGCCACCUUUGUGGUAUGAGUCCACACCAGGGUGUGCCGCAGUGCGUGGUGCUUCUGUGCCACCUGCUGACGAGGUCUCCCUGCUGGACUCGGACCGGGAUGUUUCGCAGCCCUUCGCCCGACUGCAGGUACGCCUGGACCAGGGCCUCCGCGUCGUCUUCUGCGUGGAGCUGCAGCACACUCUCCGUGACCUUGAGGACGCUGUCGACCAAUGGUGCACGGAUCAGAGUCUCUCUGGCUUGAGAGGUUGUCAUCUCAGGACUGCGUUCCCUCCUCGAACGUAUGCCGAUCCGGAUCAAACAAUAUCCGAUGCAGGGCUGGCGCCCAGCGCCACCCUCUUCGUCGCAUCUGAGCAGGGCGGUUCGAAAGUUGCAAAGAAACACCUGGUUGUGGACCUGCUGCAGGCCGGAUCAGACGGCGAAGAUGCGCUGUUCUUGCUGCCGCACUGGCGCCCGUGCUGGUCAGUCGCCGACACCUUCGUGGCGCCAGGUGUGCCACGAGCGCUGCGGCGACCAGUGCCAGGUAGAACUGCCUUGAACGGGUGGUCACUUUUCCCGUGGGGAACUGAGGACGAGGACAAGAUCUGGAAGCAGUAUGCCGCAGAGGACGGCCUUGGAAUUAGGGAAUUUGGGCGCCUGGCCCAUGAUGGCCUACUGCUGGAGGGCAAGCUCGAGGAGUACGAGCAAGCUUUCAGCGGCGUAGAUGAGGGCAAUGGCGUCAUCUCCCGGGCGUCCUUGGGCCAGCUUUUCGCCGGCCUGGGGAAGAAGUUGUCCGCCCAGGAGCUUGAUCAGAUCGUAGAUGAAGCCGAUGUCGGUCAUGAUGGCAUCGAUUUUGCGGACUUUCUUGGCCUUGCCCGCACUCACUUAGACUUAGCCGAGGUCGUUCGAUACUUGGAAACAACUCCAAAGAGAGUUCCUGCCACAGAUGAGGCCGUGGCUGGAAUGCUGGGCCACAUUACGGAGGUCCAUAGCGAGGCGGAGCUGGAUGCCAUCGUCGCCUCAGGAAACGACGUCGUCGUCAAGUUGGCCUUCACGUGGUGCAAGCCCUGCAAGGCUUUCGCGCCGAGAUAUGAGAAGUACGCAAAAGUCUACAAAGAGACCACCUUCCUGAAGAUCGUCGGGAAUGAGAAUGAGUCCUGCAAGCACUACGCGAAGGAAGUCUUGCGGGCAAGAAUCUCCCCAAUGUUUGCCGUCUAUUCCGGAGGAAAGCUGCUCACCAGUUGGAAUGGUGCCAACAACCAGCGGUUCAUGGACAAGAUGGAGGAGUUCUUGCCGUCGGCGCGGCAGUUCAUCAAGGAGCUUCAGGGCUUACGUAGGGUUUAG